CAAUAGUCCGCUAGCCAGCCACACACAUGACAUCACCAGGAGGCAGUGAGUGUGGCUGUCGUGUUCGGGUGUCUGAUGCACUGCUGUGAGAACAAUUGCUAACGGCACUCACACAUGCAUCAAGCACGAGAAGACGACAGCCACACUCACCCAGAACUCCCACACAUGCGCCACAAGUCAGCCAUUCGACGCACAGCUACCCUCGUCCGUCAGUUAACACAACAGCAACUCACCGUGCCUAUCCCCUACCUACAAACACGAGCACGGAUCCAUCCAUCCAUCGAUACACAUUAACGUCGCCAUGAAUGGGUGCAUGGCGGGGCGGCAGGCCUAUCUAUAUAUCGUCACUCACACCCCGAUGUGAUGUAGCUACGUGCGCGUGUUGGCCUUGAUGGUCUCCCAUAUGGUGCGUGCCAUCCGCUCGCCGCCCCUGCCGCUGGGCUCCACCCGGUCGACAUAGAGGGAUGUGUCCUUGCCGUCCAGUACGGCGAAGAACGGCAGCGGCACCACCAGUGUGCCCUCGAUGGUGCCACUGAUGGCACAUGUGGCCAGCUCGUACACCUUGCGAAUGGCCGCCUGCAGCUUCUCGGGGCGACCGUUGUAGCCCAACGCCUACACACACAUAAACACACGCCUCUCAUCCACACACACAUCCUUGCCUCCCUCUUGGGUGUGUUGUGUGUGUUCCGACUGGCUGCCUCGCCUCGCUGACUGACCGCCAGAGUGCCGUCGGCCCAGGAGCCCGUCUUCUGCUCGUCCGGGAAGUAGAUCAUGCACACGAUGACCAUGGCCGGCCGCACCCUCUCGAUCACCUUCAUGAUGUACCGCCGCGUGUCGUCCCGGAACAUCCGGACGAAGUGGCUCAGACCCCACGCGCCGCCCGGCGAUGAGCACCGGCCGAUACUCUCGGGGCUCUGGAAACCCAUCAGCAUCAGCAGGUUGAAUAUCGUCGAGAAGGUGGGCCGGAGGGCGAUGUCGUUGCCACCGACAGACACGACGAGUAUGUCGUUGGGCCGUAUGCGGUCGCGGAUGAACAUGUCGUGCUUGAGCAGAUGGGAGCCAUUGCGGGCGCCGAGGGUGGACUCCUCGACGGCACAGUUGAUGCAGACACUGGUGGGGGUGGUCGGGGCGGCCUGGUGCCUUUCGUGGGCAAUGAUGUUGUUGAGGUGGAAGGCCACGUCAGGGCGGCACAGCGGCGGCUGCAGGAUGUUCUCAUACCUACAACCAACCACGACACAGCCAAUAUAUCAACACGCUUCUCUGCAUCCUUCUUUGGCGUACAUACCCGUUGGUUGCGGGCUGCCUGGGCUCCAUCAGCCAGUGUUUGUUGUCGAGGGAUGAGUCGCCCGCGAACCAUAUGAACCGGUGCGGCUGUGUGGGUGGCAUCUGGGCCUUGAGGCUGUCAUACAGCAGCGUGAGGUCGCUGAUCUUGUGCCCGUGAUACUCGGAGAAGAAGCGCUGGUGGGGAAUCGCCAUAGCAAUGCAGCCGACGAUGGAUAACGAUGAUAGAUGCAGCAGACACAACAGCA